CAACGCGAGGGGCUUAAUACUAGUAAAUAAAUAAAAAAAUAUUAUGUUGUUUCAGACAGAUACGUUACCCACUGACUCCCAUUAUUCUUAUUUUAUUCAAACCCUCAAAAGAUGCUCAAAACUCAUCAUCUCAUUCUCAACAUCACUCAAAUUUCAACCUGCAAAUCGUCAAUCAAUGGCGGUCAACUCUACUGAACAGGGAUGUGAUACUUACAGUAUUGUAGUAUUGUCUGAUGAAUGUGAACUACCAAUGGAUCUCUCGACUCCUUCUGCUGCGGAGGUUUGUAUUCCGCUUAAAAGCCAGCUGUCAUUGGAUGCUCGAUUGAGCAAUCAAAGCUAUAUCGACAUGAUGGUGGAAAAUGCAGUUGCGUAUUCAACAUGCACCAUAGAUGAUGAUGCUGAAAAGGGGGGAAAGUCGGAGACUCAAUGCAACGAACAAGUGUUGACGAAAUCACUGCAGAAACAGAUCAGCUUUGACAUGGGAGGCAGAUACAUGCAGCUGUUGAUGAAUCAUAGCCUGAUGCUAUCCAAGUAUUCCACUCGAGAUAGAAUUGCAACUGAGAAAAUUCUUGAUGCUCCGAAAUCGAGGAAGUAUAAGCGUGCUGCUUCUUUUAGUUCAAGAAAAGUUGUUUUCCUCUUCUCCGUCUUGUCGAGUUUGGGAACAGUGAUACUUAUAUAUCUGACAUUAAGAAUUAGACAAAUGGGUGACGCCGCAGUUCAUUCGGACUGAACUUACCUUCACUUGGUAAGUUCACUUCUUUUUUCUCCUGAAAACGAUUGCUGUGCAUUCAAGUUACGCGCUCUUUGAUUGUUUUGACUGACGAAUUCUUUCCGUUUUUAGGAGUUGCAUUUUUUUUUUUUAAAGUUUUUAGCAGUCUAGUUCUCUCUUGAUGUGUACAUAACAUGAGAAAACAUUGUUGAAAUGUAGUAGUUAAUGAUCUUUUCUCUUUGCUA